AUCAAUCUGGUUUAGUUUUGGUUAUGAUUACCGUUGGUUCAUAUUGACUUAGAAAUGAUUGAGUGGCAGGUUUAUCACUCUAGUUUUGUCGACGAGGAAGGAAUUACCAAAGCCUGUGGCUGUCCUUUACUUCCAUUGAAAAGUAAAAAGAAGGGUCCUGCUCCUGUUUUAGAACAAGGUAAAACUGAUAUUAUUGAUGAAGCCAUCACGUUCUUUCGUGCCAAUGUCUUCUUCCGGAACUUUGAUAUUAAGAACCCUGCAGACAAGCUCCUUAUAUAUUUGACUUACCACAUUAACUUGUCUCUAAAAAGGCUCGAGGGCUGUAGAACCUUGGCGGAGGGGACUAAGGCAGUUAUUAACUUAGGAUCGGAAAAUGUUACCAUACCUGGAGAACCUGGUUUCCCUUUUACAGCGCUCUUUCACCCUCCGCAGUCUCAAAAUGAAGCUGAACUGCUUAGGGAUUAUCUGAAGCACAUAAGAGAAGAGACGAGUGGGAGACUGUUGAGUGUCGCGUAUAGACCUAAUGGAACACCGAAUAAGUGGUGGUUAGCCUUCGCAAAAAGGAAAUUCAUGAACCUCCCCCUUAACUGAA